AUGAAUAAAUAUAAUACAUAUUAAUUAUUGAAUGAAUUAAUUUUAUUUUUAUUGAUUCAUUAAGUUGUUGGAAUGAAAUAAGAGUAAUUGACCUAAACAUUUUACAGUAAAAUACCUAAUUCACCUGCAUAUACUAUGGGAUCUAGAAAAAAAGACAAUUUUAUAUUGGAUACUCCAGGUCCUGGAAAAUACCACCCAAUAAUCCCUUUUAGAUAAAGUCCAAGAGCAGUCAUGUCAGGUUCAAAAGAUUCCUUCUACAAAAUAAGUGACUCACCAGGACCUGGAAAAUAUAACUAAUUGUCAUACACUACCCAUGGGUUUAAGUUUCCUUAAGAAAAGCGAUAAGCGACCAAUUACAAUGACUCUCCAGGCCCAGCUAAAUACAAUCAAAUCAAUAAAUCUUUAGCCCCUGCCUAUGCCAUUCCAAAAGCAGAAAGAACAACUAAAAUAAAUUCAUUUUCAACUGGACCUGGAUGUUACAAUAUACCUUCGCUUUUACGAUCAGAUAUUGGUUUCAAAAUGCCAAAAAGUUAAAGAAAAAACAAGCUGGACAUUUUGCCUGGUCCUGGAGAGUAUAGUUUUUAGGAUAACAAAACAAAGGGUAUCAAAAUUGGAACUAGUCCGAGAAUGGAAAAAUCUAUGCUUAUGGGACCAGGACCAGCAGAUUAUUCCCCUAGAAUUACAACUGACUCAUCUCCAAGAGCUGUUUUUGGUACAUCAUCAAGAGCAAAGAAUUAUCAAGACAAAUUACCAGGCCCAGGUGAUUAUGAAUUACCUCAAAGCAGAAGUGUGAGCUUUUCAUUUCCUAAAUAAAAUGUACAAUAGCAAUCCAAACCCUCUACUCCUUUCAGUUACAUCAACGAUUACACUAGCCUCAGAAAGACCUCGAUGUCUUUUGGAAAAGCAUAAAAAGGAAACCAAAAACCUGAAUUUAUUCCAGGUCCAGGAUAAUAUGAAAUAGAAGGCUUCUUCAGAAGAAGAAUAAAGACGAGAGAUGGGUCAAAUAUUUGA